AAUUUCAAAAACAAAGAUAAGAUGCAGGGUUCCCAACUUAGGGGUUUUCCCCCCAGAUUUAGGGGGCAAAUAAGUGAAAUGGGAUUUUUUUAGGGGUCUGAAAUUUUUAGGGGUAUUUUCAGGGAUUUUUUGACUCUUUAAUAUUUUUAAAUUGAUGAUAAUUUUAAUAUUUCUUUCUUGACCUAGCGACUUAUAACGACGUAUAAUACGUUACUCUACAACCACUCUGAGGCAACUGGCGGCAAUCUUCAUCGAAUAAAAAAAAUUGUUACAUUUAUUCAUUGUCAACAUAUCUAUUGUAUGAUUUCAAAAAAUCUGAAUCUUCAGAUAAAGACGUAAUAUUUUGUCUGUAUUAAAUAUAGACUUUUGAAACAUAUUAUUUCUAAAUUAUUAUGAAUUUAUAUUUUUAGGGGGACAACUCAAUAAUUAAGGCGAUUUUAGUGGUUUUUGACACAAACUUUAGGGAUAAAUAUUUUGGAGAGUUGGUAACACUGGUUUUUGCUUUGAGUCGAGAUCCUGAAUAAUCUACUGGCCUCCUUGCUACCAGUGACUGUUUCUGUGAGAAACUCAACGUAUUAUCAUGUCUCAAGUGAGAAAGUGUUGUGUUGUUGCUUGCAAUGCUACCAGCGAGACUCAUCGUCUUUUUUACUUGCCAAAGAACGAUAAAUUACGAGAAUUGUGGUUGACUUUCUUGAUUCCUGUGAAUGUAAAGCUCAGUGGUUUGUCGAAGGCACAAUUAGUGACUAAACAAGUAUGCCAAAAGCACUUCGACAGACAUCAGUUUGACAAUCAGGGCAACCGGCUUGCGCAUGGUUAUCCAUGCUUGUUUACUGAAGAUGAAAUACUUCACGGAGUUCCUUUGAGCACAUUAGCUGAACAUGACUUGAGGGAUCAUAAUUAUGCUUUACAACCAACCAACUUGGAAGAUACAACCGUUUUCACUGAAAGUACCAUUGUUAUUGCUAAAGACUCCAUGAAAGAUCAUGACUAUGCUUUGAGUUAUCAAAUCGAAGGGUCUGUCGACCUUGCAGAAGGGACAUCAACUAAUGUGAAAACUGACGGUAAAUGUAAUCCUACUGUAUCAGAAAUGCAAACACAUGAAACAUUGGAAAUUCUUGACAACCAGCCUGUAUCAAUAUUAGGAACUGUAUCAACAGAUUUGAAACACAGUGGGCAGCAAAUUAAAAGUAAAGGAACACCAAGGAAAUAUCUUGUUAAAGGAAGAGUGAACCUGACAACAACAACAAAGUGUAGGUGUUUUAUAAAAAGAAUGAAAGAAAUGUCUAUCAAAGAAAACAAGAAGCAAAAGCCAUUUUCCGAAAGAUUAGAUACUGCUACAUCACUAAGUAAUAGCCAAUUGUUUGUUAAAAAUUUUUGCAACAUUACUCAUCAAGCACAAUAUUUUAUUCUUAUGCAGUUGAAACUGGCAGGUAAAAAGAAGAAAGCAAUGCGAUACACCACAAAUGAAAAGCUUUUAUCAUUAUCACUAAUGAAGGAAAGCCCUAAAGGAUAUAGGCUAUUACAAAAGAUAUUUAACUUGCCUACUAAAAGAACUCUAAACCGCCUUGCUGAAAACAUAACAUUUGAUGUGGGCAUAAAUGAUAAUAUUUUUAAAAUAUUAAAAACCAAAGCUCAAAAAUGGACCACAAAGAAAAAAUUGUGUUCAAUCCUGUUUGAUGAAGUAGCUCUCACGCCUCAUCUCACAUAUGUUGAGUCACAAGAUGAAAUAAGGGGCUUUAAGGACUUUGGGAAUAACAGAGAAUUUAAAUUUUGUGAUCAUGCUCUGGUAUUCAUGUUAAGAGGAGUCUGCUCAAAGUGGAGACAACCUAUUUCAUUUUAUUUUUGUGAGGGUACUACUGCAGCUGUUACAGUUGUACAGAUUUUGAAAGAAGUGGUCACAAGAGUAUGUGAGUCAAGCUUGAUACCCGUGGCUGUUGUGUGUGACCAAGGUUCUACAUUUCGAACAGCUAUAAAUAUAUUAAAGAGAGAAACAGAACGCAAAAAGAAUUUGAAUGAACAACAUUAUGAUGGAACUGUUGAGAUAUUCAAUCAUGAAUUAAAUGUGGUGUAUGAUCCACCACAUUUACUAAAAGGACUAAGAAAUAAUUUUUUAAACAAGGAUAUGAUCUUUAAAGGGAGGAUUGCCACUUGGAGUGACAUACUCUCAGUUUACAAUGCAGAUUGCCAAUUAGGUCACACAAGAAUGAAUAAAAAGUUAACAGAUCACCAUGUUUACACUGAGAAAAUGAAAAAAAUGAAAGUGUCUGUGGCUGCCCACUGUGUGGCGUCCGCUAGUGAUGAAUACAUCACCCCUAUUUUCCCAACCUUAGAGUUCAAAUUGGAACUAAUUUUGAAGUCCUAUCUAAUAAGAAAAUAAUUAUUAAAAUUGGAUAACAUUAUGAGAAGUUAUGUUCGGUUUUACUUUACAAUUAAUAUGUAUACAAUCAAUCAUCCCCUGUUUUCCUACCCUUAUGGUUGGAUUUUCUUCUCCAAAUUUAUAUGGGACCUUAUUCGAAACAUAGCGUAUAUGAGGUGCUACGUAAAUUUGGAAAAGAAAAUCCAACCCUUCUAAUUGAAAAAAUUAUCAAAAUCGGACUACUCAGUAAAAAGUUACAUGUUGAUACAUAAAAAAAUAUAUACAUGUUGAUUGCUUAACCUUCUUGUAACUAAGAGUAACAAACAUCCAUACAAACUUUCGCGUUUAUAAUAUAAGUAGGAUUUCUAAUGAAAAAUUUAAAAGAGAGUUUUUGGGUGGUCCGCUGAUUCUCAAACAUACCGAAUAUACAUAUAAAACUUCAUCAAAAUUGGUCAAGCCAUUUCAGAGGAGUAACAACAAGCAACACUUUUUAUUUCACAUUUUAUAUAUGUAUAUUGUAUAUAGAAUGUUAUACAUAUCCUAAUAAUAUUAUUAUAAAGAGGUAAUUAGUGAGUUAGUCUGUUUGUUACCAAUAGAAAACACGUUAUUUGUGAGUGUCGUGGGCUAUAUUAUAUCCCCAUAUUCCCACAAGGAUGGGAACUAUACGGGUGAAAAAGCAGGGCAGCUGCUUAGUAGCUCACCUAUUGAUGUUUUAAUAAUAUCCAGUAUGUGAAUAAGACUUUUCUGUAUGCACAUAUCUCUUAACAUAUUUUGGUAAUAUUUCAGAAACAUAUGUGGAUGGCGAAACUGUCAGUGCAACCAUGAAAACUACAAGCGAAGCAGUAUUGUUAAUAGACCAACUAUUUGGUAGUGUCGACGGAUCACAAAAGGACUCUGUCAAAGGAAAAUUAAGAGGACCAGUAAAACCGAACUCCAACCAAUUUGAUUUCUGGAAUGAA